AUGAGUGCCAAGGAGGAUGCCAAGUGACCUCAGUGGGUGACACACCAGUUUGAGACCAUUGCUGGAGAAGACCGGGUGAUCAACCUGCAAGAAUUCAAAGCAGCCCUAAAUGUGAAAGAGGCAAGUUCUUUCUUUGCUGAGCGAUUCUUCGCCCUGUUUGACUCGGAUGGAAGUGGCACCAUCGCCCUCCAGGAGCUGCAAGAGGCACUGACCCUGCUCAUCUAUGGCAACCACAUUGACAAACUCAAAUUCCUCUUCCAGGUGUAUGACGUCGAUGGGAAGGCCUCUUUGCAGGGUGUCUGCAGGUACUUAGUGGGGUCCCGGCGCAGACCCCCCCCACUUCAGUCCCCUCUUGGGACAGGCAAUGGCUCCAUGGAAGCUGAGCUGCGCACCCUGCUGCAGCCCUGCCUGCUCGAGAGCGCCACCUCGCUGUCGGGUGAGAAGCUGGACCCUCUGACGCUGCGUCUCUUAGAGUCGGCGGGUAAGGACUGCAGGGGCGACAUCACCUCAGAUGCGCCGCAGCGCUUCCCCGGUGUCACGGAGGACCUGACUCUCAGUCUGCCCCACUACGUCAUUCUGAGUGGAUCCCCUUUCUCGCAGUGCUGCCCACUGGCUGAAGUCCCCCACCACCCAAUGACACGUGCACUGUCCUCGCCCACUGACCUCUGCCUACUGGCACAAUCACCGCAGCCAGCUACUCCGCCUGGCUGCCUCCACAUGCUGCUCUUCGCCCUGGCAGCUAGCGCACACCAGGCUGGCCUGGUUUAUGGCAGAGGAAUGAUGCUGACCUCCUUCUUUCCCCAGGUGACUCAUCUCCUCAUCAAGAGACCCCCUCUUUUCAACUACAGGCGUGACUACUUGUAACUGAACAUCCCCACCAUCGCUCACUACGAGUGGCACCCCUUCACCAUCAGCAGCGCUCCGGAGCAGAAAGAUACACCAAACACUGUCUGGCUACACAUCCGGUCAGAAGGCCAGAGGAGAGAAUUCCAAUGGACUAACAGGCUCUGUGAGUCCUUCAAGGCACCAAACCCUGUGGAUUGUGACUCCAAGAGGCUGAGGAGUUUGAGAAUGAGAAGGAGUCAGAGGAGGCCCCAGGUGUCUGAGAUGUCCCCUGAGAACCACCAAUUCUGUAACAUCAAGUGCUCCAUCGACAGCCCUUAUGGAACCCCCACCUGCAGAAUCUUCGCCUCUGACACAGUGCUCAUCGGGGCGGGCAUUGGCAUCACCCCCUUUGCUUCCAUCCUGCAGAGCAUUGUGUACAGGUAACAGAAGAGAAAGCACAUCUGUCCCAGCUGCCAGCACUCCUGGAUGGAGGGACUCCAGGAAGAUGACAUGAAGCUCCACAAGGCGGACUUCAUCUGGAUCAACCGAGACCAGCCGUCUUUCGAGUGGUUUGUGAGCCUACUGACCAAACUGGAGAUGGACCAAUGCCAUCCUCUCCUCCCCCACAUAGGCCACUUCCUGGAGCUGCAAAUGUACAUGACUCUGGGCAAGAAUGACAUGAAGGACAUCGGCCUGUAGAUGGCUCUCAAUCUCCUGGCCAAGAAGGAAAAGAAAGACUCCAUCAGGGGUCUCCAGACAUGCACCCACCCGGGGUGGCCUGACUGGAGCAAGGUGUUCCAGAAAGUGGCCUCUGGAAAUAAAGGUGAGGUGCAGGUCGUCUUCUGGGGCUCCCUAGCCCUGGCCAAGGUGCUCAAGGUCCACUGUGAGCAGUUCAGCUUCAGAUUCUUCCAAGAGAACUUCUAG